AUGUGCAGAGGGAAAAUAAACCGUUAUCAACAAUACGUUUUGUUGAUUGCGGUGAAUGCUGCUGAUGUUCGGAAAUCAAGCACAGCAUGCGGUACAUAUAUGCGCUUCAUCUUUCAGCCACUGACCGCAAAACAACAUACAGUAAGUGUGCAGCUGGCACUGAUGCCAGCGGUUGCACCGUCACAGGAAGACGCUGCAAAUGACAUAUCGAAUCAGCAGACGAAACUCUGCUCUGAAUAUUCCAGCUACCAGAAGCUUUGUGGAGCGUUGCUAGAGGAUGGGAUAUCAUCCAAUUUAGACAAAUUGCAUUUUAUUGUUGGCCAUGGUAUUCUACGUCCAGAUUUAAGGUGA